AUGUGGGAUGUAAUAACCACAGGACCAAUCACCAUCAUGAUGGCGAAUACACAAGCAGCAGCACAAGGAGCAGGUGCUGAUCAGAUGAUACCAAAGCCGAAGUGUCAACUUACCUCGGAGGAAAGAACAAGAGCAAACCUGGAUAAUGAGAAGGACAACAAACUGACAGUGGCCAUGAAGAAGUUCGAGGAUUUCAAGAUGUUGCCGAAUGAAGCUGUCACAGACAUGGAACUAAGGUUCGCCAGGCUCAUGAGUGAUCUGUCUGAUCUCAGGAAGGAAUUAUCCGAAAAGGAAAAGAACCUGAAGAUCCUUCGUGGCCUACCGAAGUCUUGGGAGAUGAAGGUCACAGCAAUGAGAGAUCACCGAGACAUGAAGACCACAAACACAACCAAGAUCUUUAGUGAUCUUAAGGCCUACGAGUUUGAGCAUGAACCAAAGGAUGCUGAUGAACCCGAAACAAGAAAUGAAAAUGAAGAGGUUUAUGAGGAAGAACAACUUCCAAGAUUCUCAUCGCUCGGGACACCGAAGCUAGGGCAUUUCAAGGCGAAUUGUCCUCAUCCAAUUGUCAGUAAGCACCAAGACAACAAUACUACCAAAAGCCCAUCCAAAGAAGCUGGAGAAAACUACAAGAGAAAUGACAAGCCAGAAUCAUCAAACUCCAUAAACGAAAGAAGAAGGAAAGCUAUGGUAGUAAACGAAACAUCUGACAAUAUUGAAGCCGAAAGCAGUUCCUCAAGUUCAAGUUCAGAUGAUGACAGUUCUGAAGAAGAAAAAGGGCUGCUGUGUCUGUUCAGCCAAGAGUCAGAUGAGCUAUGCCUUAUAGCCGAUGAUGAUGAGGUAAAUUCACAAUCAUUCUCUUGUUAUUCAGCAGAGUCUAGUUCUAUGAGAAGUCAAACUUCCAAUGAAUCAGUUACCGAAAUGAUGAGGGAGUUCAAGAUAAUCAAAAACACAUACUCUAAAUUGAAAGAGGAGAACUCUCGGCUUAUGAUUAGCUACAAUGCGCUAAGGCAAGUUCGAAUUGAGAACAUAAAGCUAGCCAUCGCUAAGAAGUAA